UGUCAUUACACACUAUGGCGAAGGAGCUGUAAACAAAUGCUCAGGAAAAAAGCGGGUUUUCUGUGCAGCAAAAAUAGAUGUGAUAUCGCGAAUAAUUCACUAUAUUGACAUGGUUAGGAUGGAGAAAUGUGUGAAAGCGCUUUAAUGAUGCAGACUGGACGUGGACCAUCCGAUUUCUGUAACGUAUACAUGGAGAGGAUCAUACAUUUACCGCUAAACCUCCUUCGGAUACACUAUUUAUGCUGAUAGCGUUCGUCCAGAGCCCUUUUAUGUUGAAAUCAUGUUGACAGGAUCCAAAACCACCUUUAAAGUGAGGCAGAUGGUGCCCGACAUGAAGGAGAGGAUGAUGAGCCACAGUAGCCUUCAUGCACGAGGAAGAGAUGUGCUCGGCCUCUGCUGUUUACCAGGAGAGUGUGUGCUGCAGCGAGCCGUUCUAGUAAGGAAGAAGCUGUCUGCUAAAGAAGGAGGAGGCUGGUUGUCUGGGACUCUGUUUUGCACUCAUUUCAGAGUUGCCUUCGUGCCUCAGGACAGCCAGAAACCUGACGAUAAUGCAGAUCCUGUGUUGCUUGGAGAUCACGAUGUAGCUCUUGCCUCCAUUGAGAAAGUCGUGGCAGUGGGACCAUCUCGCACCAAACUAGUGACCCCGACCUGCUCUCUGAAGUUCACUCCAGAGGAACUGGUGUUGUACUGUCGAGAUCUGCGGGUCCUCUGCUUUCUCUUCGACAGACUCACGCCUGAUACUCAAGCUGUAGAGAUCACGUACACCAUUGCUAAAACCUACCAGCCAUUGAAACCUGGCACCAUCCUCUCCUUUCAGAAUGCUGCUUUGGGGAGUAUCGAAAUGAAGCAGUUUCUAAGCAACAGGCGGCGUGACCCCAGCAUGAACUGGUUGGAGUGUUCGCUGGGAUGGGAGCAGGAGCUGGAGAGGACGGGUGCCAGCGGAUGGAGGGUCAGCUCUGUCAAUGACCGCUUUGAGAUGUCCACCAGUCUGCCAAGAUUCAAUGUGGUUCCUCAGAGAGUUCUAGACACGGAGCUCAAGAAAACAUUCGCCCACUUCAAUGAAGGACGAAUCCCACGAUGGUGCUGGCGGCAUCCUCGUGGCAGUGACUUGCUACGAAUGGCCAGCUUCCAAAACAACAUCUACCAUGAGAAGGACGACAUCAGGAAUCUGGAGCUGGUGCUGUUUGGCGGACAGCAGCUGUGUGUGAUUGUGGAUCUCGGAGAAGAAAUGCCUUCGCCUGCAGACAUCCAGCUGGCUCACACCAGACUCCGGACACUCUGUCUGGGUGAUAUUUCAUCAUCUGUGUCAGUACCUGAUGAUAAAUGGCUGUCCACACUUGAAAGCACUCGCUGGCUGGACUAUACCAGGUGCUGUCUAAGGAAAGCGGCAGAGGUGUGUUGUUUGCUGCGAGCAGGACACAUGACUGUUGUUCUACAAGAGCCGGAGGACCGGGACAUGAACUGUGUGGUCUGCAGUUUGGUUCAGGUGAUGUGUGAUCCUCACUGCCGGACCGUGGCUGGAUUUCAGGGCCUGGUUCAGAAAGAGUGGAUCACUGCCGGACACAAGUUCCUCAGCCGGAUCAACUACCACCGCGAGAGUGAUAAAGAGGAGGCCCCUGUGUUCCUGCUGUUCCUGGACUGCGUGUGGCAGCUGUGGGCUCAGUAUCCCGCUCGAUUCCAGCUCACUGAGGACUAUCUGCUGGCUCUGCAUGACAGCGUCCAUCUUCCGCUCUUCAGCAGCUUCCUGGCCAACAGUCAGAGAGAGAGAUGUCGGCGUUCUCAGCAUCUUCCGCAGAGCUACACCCCAGUGAACGGCCUGAGAGAUGUGCCCAUGAGCGUCCCAGAAGAGCCCGUGGAUCCUCCGUUCCCCCCGGUGUGGGACUGGGCUCUGCAGUACAGCAGUCAGAGACGAGCCCGCUUCACACAGCCCAUAUCACAGCCCACCUGCCCUCCACCCGUCCUCAACGGAAACCUCAACACCAACCUGGAGCGCAGCUGGCACAAUGACGGUCUGCCGGGUUCUGUGUUCCUGUUGUCUCGAAGCACAUUUUCCCAUCCCUCCAACCUGCUUCCCUGGAGGAGUAGCAACUCUGGCUCGUACUGGAAAAGCCACCGCAGGGCUCCAUCCUCUGAGAGUCUGUCUGGACUGGAGCGUCUCAUCAGAGCCUGUUCGCUCUCUGAACCUUCAGAGAACAACACGAUCCUUCAUGAUCCCUACGAGCCCCUGCUCCCCCUGCUCUUAGGGCCCUGUGUCAGAGUCUGGAGGAGCUGCUAUUUAAGAGGAGCACUGCAUGCUCAGGCGUUCUCUCACCCCGUGUCAUCCUGCACGCAGCAUCCAGUAGAUCAGCUGGCCUGGGAAGUGCAGCAGCUACGAGAGAAAUUGGCUCAGGCUUCAAACAGACGCCCUGAAAACCAGAUCAAACACCAGGAGGCCCGAAGACCAGAGUCCAACCUCAACCAGAACGCCAACAAUGGUACCUUCCUCUUCUCUUCCUCUCGAGUCUCUCAACAGCAGCAGCAGCAGGCGCCGUCCAGCCGAGGAGCAGCCCAAUCCUCUGCUCCUCCCAGACCCCAGCGGACGGCAUCCGACCCCCCCAGACCCGCUCAGAGGAACAGCGGAAAGCACACCUUUCUGUUCGGACACCAGCAAGAGCCUCAGUCGGGCCAGCGUUACAUUCCUUCCCCUAGUGCCAAACUUCACAAACGCCCAGGAAACUCACAGUGAUCUGUAGGUAGGAAGAAAACGGCUCCCUCUGCUGUUUGUGUUACUGAGAUAUAAUACGGUACAAGAAACUACAAACAGGAGACCUGUGCUAAUGUUAAUGUUUGGGGUAUAUUUGUACUUUUUUUAAGCUUAGCAUGGUUGCAUUUAUUUGAUACGAUUUUUACAAAUGAUGAUAAUGUUUUCUAUUUGAAUAUUAAUUCUAAUAUUAGUACUGAUUUGUAUUUGAAUAUAAUUUAAGAAUCUUUUCGUGGAAUGCAAACUGAAUUUCUCUCAGUAUCAUUUACUCCAGUCUAUAGGGUCACAUUAUGCUGAAGAAGUCAUUCCAACUAUGCUGAUUUGUUUGUUGCUGAAGAAAAUUUUUCUCAUAAUAAUCGAUGGUAAUAACCAGUUGUGCUGCUUGAUAUUUUGGGGAAAAUUAUACACUUUUUACAGGAUACAUUAGCCGCAUUUUCACUGUCGGGCCCAGGAGCUUGAGCCGUGAUGCCGAAAUUAGGGCAUGGCGAUAAUGUAAAGAAAUUAUCACGAUAUCAUGUUUCAAACCAUUCGAAAUAGAUAAUUAUUGAAUAUUUUUAACAAGGU